AUGUUACUACGGCAGGUCCAGGGCCCCUCGAGUACGUCCGCAUGGCUAGGGGGCCCCCUUCUUCCCCAGACAUCGCGAGGUCCAGGCAACCUCCGCGAGGUCCAGACAACUUCCCCGAGGUCCAGGCAACCUCCGCGAGGUCCAGGCAACCUCCGCGAGGUCGAGGCAACCUCCGCGAGGUCCAGGCAACCUCCGCGAGGUCCAGGCAACCUCCGCGAGGUCCAGGCAACCUCCGCGAGGUCGAGGCAACCUCCGCGAGGUCCAGGCAACCUCCGCGAGGUCCAGGCAACCUCCGCGAGGUCCAGGCAACCUCCGCGAGGUCUAGGCAACCUCCGCGAGGUCCAGGAAACCUCCGCGAGGUCCAGGCAACCUCCGCGAGGUCCAGGCAACCUCCGCGAGGUCCAGGCAACCUCCGCGAGGUCUAGGCAACCUCCGCGAGGUCCAGGCAACCUCCGCGAGGUCCAGGCAACCUCCGCGAGGUCCAGGCAACCUCCGCGAGGUCCAGGCAACCUCCGAGAGUAUGUAAAGACAAUGGAAGCUGAUUAUCAGUCAAGAUAG